GAGGUGGGGCGUUUCUCUGACUACGGUGGCCGGGGAGCUCGAGGAGCCUGAGGCUGCGGCGCUGAGGCCGGAGAGUCGGCCUGGAUGCGGGCUGCUUGUGGGGCGGCUGCUGCUGAAGCUGGAGCGUUUCCCGGUUGGUGGCUCCUGCACAUUGUUUACACUUCUCCAGCUCUCUUUUUGGCACUUUCCUAGGCCACGGUGAUAUGGUGAUGAGUAAAUAGCGUCUCUACCACACAAAAUGUACGAGGGAAGGCAGACAUAAAUAUUCCAUCAAAAAAGAGCAAAAGACUAAACUUACAGAAGAAUGCAGUCAAGUGAUGGCUUUUUCUUUAGAAUCUGAAUAUGGAGGCCACAGGAACAGAUGAUGUCGAUAAGCUGAAAACUAAAUUUAUAUCUGCUUGGAACAACAUGAAAUAUAGUUGGGUGUUGAAAACGAAGACAUAUUUUAGUAGAAAUUCUCCUGUAUUAUUACUUGGAAAAUGUUACCAUUUUAAAUAUGAAGAUGAAGAUGAACUCUUACCUACAAGAUCAGGGUGCACAAUAGAAGAUCAUGUGAUUGCAGGAAAUGUAGAAGAAUUUCGUAAAGAUUUCAUUUCAAGAAUAUGGCUUACCUACAGGGAAGAAUUUCCUCAAAUAGAAGGCUCAGCUUUGACAACAGACUGUGGCUGGGGCUGUACAUUAAGAACUGGCCAGAUGCUAUUGGCUCAAGGACUCAUACUACACUUUCUUGGUAGAGCUUGGACCUGGCCAGAUGCUUUGAACAUUGAAAAUUCAGACUCUGAAUCUUGGACUUCGAACACUGUAAAAAAAUUUACCGCAUCAUUUGAAGCAUCGCUUUCAGGGGAAAGAGAACUCAAAACCCCAACAAUUUCUCUGAAGGAAAAAAUCGAGAGAUAUUCUGAUGAUCGUGAGAUGCAAAAUGAAAUUUAUCACCGGAAAAUCAUCUCUUGGUUUGGUGAUUCCCCCUUGGCUCUCUUUGGUUUACAUCAGCUAAUAGAAUAUGGAAAGAAGUCUGGGAAAAAAGCUGGAGAUUGGUAUGGACCAGGUGUGGUUGCUCACAUUUUAAGAAAAGCAGUUGAAGAAGCAAGACAUCCAGACUUAAAAGGAAUCACUAUUUAUGUUGCGCAAGAUUGUACAGUUUACAGUUCUGAUGUAAUUGAUAAACAGUGCACUUCCAUGGCCUCUGAUAAUACAAAUGACAAAGCUGUUAUUAUUCUAGUUCCUGUUAGACUUGGUGGAGAAAGAACCAAUGCCGACUAUUUAGAUUUUGUAAAGGGAAUUUUAAGCCUUGAAUAUUGUGUGGGUAUUAUUGGUGGCAAACCUAAACAGUCAUAUUACUUUGCUGGAUUUCAAGAUGACAGUUUGAUUUACAUGGAUCCUCAUUACUGCCAAUCUUUUGUAGAUGUCAGCAUAAAGGAUUUCCCUCUUGAGACAUUCCACUGCCCUUCUCCCAAAAAGAUGUCAUUUCGAAAAAUGGAUCCUAGCUGUACAAUAGGAUUUUACUGUCGAAAUGUUCAGGACUUCAAACGAGCUUCUGAAGAAAUCACUAAGAUGCUGAAAAUUUCUUCUAAGGAGAAAUAUCCCUUAUUUACUUUUGUAAAUGGUCAUUCCAGAGACUAUGAUUUUACAUCUACUACAACCAGUGAAGAAGACCUUUUCUCAGAGGAUGAAAAGAAAAGAAUAAAAAGAUUUAGCACAGAAGAGUUUGUCUUGCUGUAAAGAUUAGCACAUUUGUGCUUGAUAAGAAGAAAUCCUUUGAAGGUGGAAAAAUGAAGAGAAACAAGUACAUUUAAAACUGGUUUAUAUUCACUAGUAUCUUUAUUUUAUAUGUUCUUUUAAACAAAAGAGCAGUGGAAAAUAUACACAUUUUAAAGAUAUUUUUCUGAAAGAGAAAUGAUUUACCGAAUCCUGAUUUCUAAUAAAUAUUAAGUGAUUCUGACCACAUUCCUAUUUCCUUGAAGUUCUCCUAAUGAUAAAUCUACCUUAACUGCAAGUCUUUCAGUCUUCAAAUUCUUCCACUGGGAUCCACGAUUCUCCUGAAGGUUUUGUGCUGUUGGGCCCCCCAAAUGGCAUCACCCAAUAGUUUCAAAAGCUUCAGUUUAUACUAAUCACCAGAAGACCAGAGAAUGAAUCUUAAGUGCUGCCUAAGCCCCCUGCUAUUAAUGCAACCAAAGGACACUUUUGGAUGUAUCUUGAUAUAUUAAAUAGUAAUUUUUAGCUGUGAUAUGAUACAAUUAUAUGAGAAUUUUGAGUUAAGUUAAUACUUAACAGUAUGAUUCUAUAACGGUUCCUUAUUUUGCCUGCUGUUAGCCUUCUCUGAGGAAUAAAGGUAAAGUAUUGGUUUCCCCACAGAUUUGAAGGUUAUAUUUUUAAUAAUAACUACAUCUAAUCAAAGCAGAUAAAGGCAAAAUUGUUUGUUUCCCUUUUCAAAAAUGAAAUUUAUGGAAACUUGACUUAUGAUACAGUUCUGAAAUCUAAAGAUAAGUACCAAGAAAGCUGCCACUAGAUGUUCUCUAUGUGAUUUUUGCUAUUUGUGUAAAUCAAUGUAGUGGUAUUUAGAACUGAGACCAUCUAUAAGGUAAAUCUGCCUUAAGUGUAUUAUGUAUUAUUAAAGGCAAAUUUGUAAUAAUAAAAAUAUGAGUUACUAUUGAGUCAGGUUUAUAAAGUAAGUACUUUAAUAAAGACAUAAGAACAUAAAAUGCCUUUGUUUUGGUUUUAAUGGGAUUAUUUUAAUCCUUUCACUUGAAAAAUCAUUGUCUCAAAUGAAUCUUGUUUAUUUAUCAUGAAGGCAAAUACUGUUGCUUUGAAA